AUGUCUCGACAGCUGGCUGAACGGCACAGCGGUUUGGUCGCCAAGAAGCGCAAGCGCUCGGUGACGCCCAUCUACGAGCCGACCCAUACGAUCGUCAAGCGCGAACCCGGUGCACCGCCCGAGAAGAAGACGAAAACGCUCACGGACCUGUGCCCGUUGGCGCCUACGGGUGAGCCCGUGACGGCGGCGCUCGACCCAGCGACCACAAUCUUUUUGCACCUCUUGGAGAGCGAUGUGCAGCGUCUGCCGCCCCCAGUGCCGCUGCCGCUGCUGCUGUCGAAGCGACGGGGCGCGAUCAACUGGUGGCUGGCGAACGACCACAGCGUCGGGUUCCAAUUGCCGUUCAAAGCACUUGAGAUCAAGAGCCUCGAGGAGCGGCAAUGGGUCCGUCGGCCACCGCCGUUCGGCAAGAUCAGUCGCUGUGUCUACGUGUCGACCAAGAUGCCGGUCGCAGACUUCUUCGUGCACAAGUGCACGUGUUACAAAGAGACGGACAAGUCCAUGACCAAGCGCACGACGGUGAUGGCAAGUGCUCGGGCACAGAAACAAGUCAGUAGCAACAAAGUGGGGGCGGGCGGUCAACUGAUGCGUCAUGCGGACCUCGAGAAGCGGCACGAGAUGGACACGGCAAUGUACUGUGGCGAAGGGUGUUACAACCGAAUGCUAUUUAUCAGCUGCUCGGAUGAAACGUGCUCGGCGCCUGACCCGAGCAUGUGCAGCAAUCGGGCGAUCAAGAGGAGACAUAUCAAGUCGGUGCGAAUCGAGUACAUCCCAGGUCCUGGAUUUGGCCUCGUUGCCAAUGAGGCGAUUCGCUCUGGCGAGUUCAUUAUCGAGUACGUCGGUGAAGUCAUUGAUGAGGAGGAAUGUGGACGGAGGAUGAUCAAGUACAGGGAAAAUGGCGAGGUCAAUUUCUACAUGAUGGAGCUGGAAAAGAACACUGUGAUCGACGCAAAGCACCGAAGCAAUGAGUCGCGUUUCAUCAAUCAUAGCUGCGACCCAAAUAGCGUGACACAAAAGUGGAAUGUAGACGGCAUGCAACGUAUCGGAAUUUUCGCGCGUCGCAACAUCGCCGUCGACGAAGAGAUCACUAUCAACUACAACUUUUCACACUUUGGAGAAGCUGCCGAGUGUAAAUGUGGAUCGACCGCUUGCACAGGCAUGAUUGGUCUGAAGCGGUCUAAACUUCCCAUGUUCAGUUAUCGUGCUGGAGGCACCGCGAAGGCUAAGAAGCAGAUGCAACGAUACGAGGAGCUGCCUGAGCUGAAGCGGCCAGUGCAUUUGUCGUCGCUAGCGCUGCUAAAAAGCUCUCAGCUGGACGAUAGCUGGCUGGAAAGUUACGGGUUCAAAAAUCGUCGACUGUUCCUCUGUCACCAGACACGCCGGCCUGAGAAGGUAGACAGCGACGACAUAGUGGACGGCAGUGAAGGCCGACAAAGUCUGUCGUCAAGUAGCCCAGCUUCAAUCUGCUCGACGACGACAGAAGAAGAUGUAACGCUGACGCCGCCACAUAUGAUUCGAAGCAAUGUGAUUGAAGAAAAGCCACCGACACUAAGCUGGUACGAUAGAGUUCUAGCGGGGCAGCAUCUGCCUGAAAUGAGGGCACUUCACAGCUACAUUUGCGGAGGUAAGCGUGACUGGACCGCAGAUCUCACGAGAGACCGCAGUGCAGAGCUCGCAAUACCUUUGCUGGUAAAAAAGCGUGGCCGAGGGCGUCCACCGAAGAAACGCGGUCGUCCCAAAAAGGUGGCGCCACUUCUCUCGGAUACAAAUCGCGUCCCGCUGAAUACGAAGCUCAUCUGCCGACGCCUAAGCCUUCCCCAGGCACGAGCACGUGGAAUGCGGGAGCUCGCAGCUUUUGCGAAAGGCACCUCCAGAUGGAACAAGCGUAUUCCGUCAUCCAGUACUAUCGACCCCGACCGCAUCCAUCGUCUCAUUGAUCGUGUAAAAGACACGCAGAUCUUCGUCAACACUGACCAGAACGACUUGAACGAAGACGCUUGUUUCCGCUGUGGUCUCGCAGGCGAGCUGAUAUGCUGUGACGGCUGUCCUGCCGCAUUCCACCUCAACUGCACAAAUCUUGCCAUCGUACCUCCGCGUGGAAUACCAUGGUUUUGCUCCGAGUGCACGAAUCCGAAGCAUCCUCAAAAAGCUUCCGAGACGUCUAAAACAAAGUUUCUCGCUGCUGGUGGUACGACACGCUGCUCGUCGGAUUCCGCAGGGCGCCACCUGCGCACCCACGCAGCGCCACAACUGCCAAGUCUCAAGCAGAUUUUCCGCGCGUCGGCACCUCUCGCCAAGCGCCGUUACAAGAAGCGGCAUAAAGCCUUGGACCGUUCGUAUCGCCAGCUAGAGCACAUGCCUCUACCGGUGUGGAAAGAGAGCAACGAAAGUGAAGACGAGCUCUAG